AGUGGCUGUGUUCAGAGCAUCCUGUGUACGUUGUGUGGGAAGGGUGCAGAAAUGUCGGCUUCUCGGUAACACCGACGCCAGUUUCAUCCGCCUGCCCUUGAGUACUUUUGGGAAGAAACUACUUCUAAAUGCAGAGCACACACGGAGACCUCUUCUUGUACAAGUGAAGCUUUCAAAUAUCGUCUUCAAGCUGUUGAACAGUCACAGUUGGACACUCACCUUCCCAAAAUAAACUUACUGAAAUCUGGUGGAGCCAGAGCUGAAACAUUGCUCUCAUUUAAAGUAUGGCUGGAUUUCCAGUGUUAGUAGAAGGACUGCUUGUCAAUCUUGACUCAGUUAAAAAUAAACUAGCCAUUUAUUUUCAAAGCAAGAGGAAAUCUGGAGGCGGCGAAUGUGAGAUUAAAGCUCUCCCAGAUCGAACAAAGUUCCUGGUGUGUUUUGAAAGUGAAAAAGUGCAGAAAAGUGUUGCCAGUAAGGAGUGCCACAUGGUGCAGCUUUUAGAUCCAGAGCCAGUCCUGCUUCGGGUUACAAUCUAUAAGGAGGACAAUGAUAGAGAAAGUUCUGUGAAGUCCAUUGGAGUGACAUCUGGUGCCAACACAGAGCCGGCAGUAGAACAAAGUCAAUUGCUGACAACUUCAGACCAACUGCGUAAAUGUGAACAGAGCCUGCCAAAGGAAGUCCACAUUCAAGAAUCUCCACUUCUACAUCAAGAGUCAGCUUCAGAAUCCUCUUCUAACCAGCUACUGGUUUGCAGCAACAGGCCAGUUGAUACAGACAUUGUUGCAAUGUUUUUUGAAAGAAUUUCACCAGAUGUGGAAGUUUCUGUAAAUAGUGAAUGCUCUUGGAUUUUGACCUGCCUCAACCAUAAAGACCUAGAAAAAAUUAUUUCACGAGAGCAAUAUACUAUUGCUGGCAAUACUCUGAAUGUGCAGUUAUAUGAUAAACGUAAAGAAGAGGAGAAGUAUGAAUCCCGAAAGUUUAUUCUUAAGGGUUUUGAUGGACUCUCGAGGCUAGAGCAUAUUUCACUCUACAUUGAUAGCCUCAGCAAUAACACAAGGCAUGAUAUUGAACCUUUGCAAGAUGGUACAACAGUGGUGGUUACAUUUAAAACUGAUAUUGAUGGUAACUCUUUUGUGCGGAAUUGUUGUCAGAAACCAUUUGAAAGCAAUAGUAUCACUGCCUGUCACCUGAGGAAGACAGAUUCUGUGUGGAUAGAAGGACUUCAUCCCAAUGCAAAUGAAGAUUUGCUGGAUUUGUACUUCUCAAAUACCGGUCGCAGCGGUGGUGGAGAAAUUGCAGAAAUUCAGAUGAAAGCCUCUGAAAGGACAGCUAUUCUACGUUUUCAUGAUCCUGAUGUGGUAAGAAGAGUCACUGAAAGGGAACAUACCUUGAAGGAUUUUCGGCUGAUUGUUAGUCGCUAUUACCGUGACCUGCAACUGUCUUUGUAUGGAGCUAAUAGCCCAAAAGUCAAACUUCCUGAACAGUGUAGCAUUUGUAUCAAUCCUUCACUUCUAAACUACAUACAGACUAAUAUGCAUCACUAUAAUCAGGAGUUAGAACAAAUUUCAAAGGAUGUUUAUUGUGUCAUUACCUUUGAAAACUCUCCAAAUUCAAAGCAAAUAAAUCUGAAACCCUCUUUGGAUGUAAAUCUAUUGUUGUGGUACAAAAUUGCUAAUGAUUGGAAGAAGCUUGCAACAGAAGCUGUUCAGAAAUUUAUGAAGAGAUUUGAUUUCAAAGACUUUCUAAUAGAUCAAGACUUAUGGGAAAAGAUAGCGUGCAAAAGCAAACAACUAAAGUUACCUUGCUUAGAUAUCCUUCACCUUCCAAUAGAAAACAAGUUAGUUGUUGUUGGGGAAGAAAGAAAUGUUUCAGAUGCCUCCAGAAAGUUACAAGAUAUAUUGACAAAGGCAAAAGAGGAAUUAGAAAAUGAAAGAAAUACUGUUGAAGAUGAGAUUCCAUUCGAGAGCAUUGAGGAGUUGCAGUUUCUGCAAACUAUGUUAAAAGAUGAUGUUUCCUUUGUGAACAUAUCCACCAACAUUGCUCCUCCUGUCUUAAAACUGAAAGGAUUGAAAGUGAAAGUUCACCAAGCUCAAAAACUCAUCAGCCACUUACAUUCCCAGCUGGAAAGGAAGCCUCUCAAUUGGUCUUCCCACAUGGAAGAUUUUAUAAAAUCCAUGGAUCUCAAGAAAGUUGUGCAAACUCACUUUGCUCAAAAUAAUCUUAAGGCCACCCUAAUGAUCAGAGAGUCUGUUGAACUCUUGGCUGUCAAGGCAGAUGUAAAGAAAGUGGAAGAUAAGAUAGAAGAGUUGUUCCAAGAAGAGACAGUUAACGUCACUCCAGAGCAAAUCGUAGUCACCAUGGAUGAAGAAUGGACAAGAUUCCUUGAUGAUUUGAAAACUAAAAACAAAUCCAGGUGUAGAAUGGUGGAGGCAAAGAAUCCACCUUCCAUAAUAAUUGCAGGAUUUUCAAACAAUGUUUCAGAUGCUGCAAAAAUACUGAAGAAUUAUUUGAAUAAAAAGCAGAUCACCACAAAGUUCAUUUCUGCAGAAGAUGUCCAAGUAGACUAUAUGGAAAAUGUUUCAAUUCUCAAAGAAAGCCUAAGCAAAGGAGUUACCAUUAUAUGUAUCAGAACACCUAGUCCAGGUUUUAAAGUAAUUGGUAGAGCAGAACUAAUAGAUGAGGCAAUUUCUGCUAUUAAAGAUCAUUUAUCGCUAGUUUGUAAACAAACCUUCACUUACUGCAACGCAGGAGAGACCACUGCCCUCAUCAAGCACAGAGGCACUCUACAAACCAAAGCUAAAAAUCAUAAGUGCAUGUUGUUCAUUAAAACCAAAGAAGAAAUCUGGAAUGGAGCAAACAUUGCACAGCAUGUUAGUAAACAAGGUGACAAAGACAUUAUGCUGCCCGUACUUUUGCCUCCAGUGUCUAAACUACGAACAGGCCCAACAGUACAAAUAGGUGGAGUGACAGUGGAACUGAAAGAAGGAGAUAUCACUCAAGAAAGAACAGAUGUCAUAGUGAAUUCUACAAACAACAAUUUGAAAUUAAAUUCUGGUGUCUCUGGUGCAAUACUAAAAGCUGCAGGUAGUUCUGUACAGAAGGAAUGCACGUCUCAAGGUUCUCAACCAGAUGGCAGUAUUGUAGUGACCAGCAGUGGCCAGCUUCUGUGCCAACAUAUUAUACACAUGGUAGGGGCGAAAAGCCCAGCUGUCAUCACAGCAUCUGUAGGCAAGGUCCUUAAAGAAUGUGAACAGCUGAAUGUCAGGAGUGCAGCAUUCCCAGCCAUAGGGACAGGUAAAGGUGCAGUCAGUGGUGAAGCUGCCAUCAACGCAUUAUUCAAUGGAUUGGAGAAUUAUUUCUUGAACGUUACAUCAUCUAACAUGAAAACCAUUUCCAUUGUUGCUUUUGAACCACGUAUAUAUGAUUGUUUUGCCGAUUUUUUCGAUAAAAAGAAAUGGAACUCCAGUGCAGGCAUACCGGGAACAGCUCCAGUCACUGUGAAUUCACAGCCUAGUCUCACACUACCAGUUCAACAAAAAGACCUGUUGCCUACACAGCUGCAAAUCCAAAAUGUUAUUGUGGAGGUGAAGGAGGGAGAUAUAACCCAAGAAGGCGUGGAAGCAAUAGUAAAUUCUACAAAUACUACACUGAAUCUCAAUUCUGGUGUCUCUAAAGCAAUAUUAGCGAAAGGUGGCCAGACUGUCACUGAUGAAUGCCAGAAAUUGGUUCCUCAGCCUAACAAUGGUGUUGUGGUCACUGGAAGUGGACAACUUCCCUGCAAUUACAUCGUACAUAUGGUUGGUCAAACAGAUCCAGCUCUGAUUACAGCCUCAGUAGAAAAAGUAUUAGAGGAAUGUGAAAAGAAAAAUAUCAGUACGGUAUCUUUCCCUGCUCUGGGAACAGGUGUGGGAAAAGUCAAACCAGAGGACUCUGCUGAAAGCAUGUUGAUCGGAUUUGAAAAUCAUCUAAUACGAAACCAAUCAUCAGCUAUAAAGUUCAUUUAUAUAGUUGCCUUAGAACCUAGUGUGCAUAAAGUUUUUAGUGACAUCUUGCAACAAAAUUCACAGCAGAAAAUGCAAACAUUUGGAAUAGACAUUGGCAAUUUAAAAGUGCUGGUUGCCCCAGGUGACAUUAUAAAAGAAAGGACUGAUGCAAUUGUAAACAGUACGAAUGUCCACCUUAACUUAAACACAGGGGUUUCUCAAGCUAUUCUGACAGCAGGUGGUCAACCAUUAGUGGAUGAAUGUAAGCAAUUAGGAGUCCAAAGUGUGGAUAGCAUGGUGACUACAGGGGCAGGAAAUCUUCAUGUGAAAUAUAUAUUACAUUUGAUUGAAUGGACUGAAACAAGUGACAUUAAAGCAUCUAUUGACAAGAUUCUAGAUGAAUGUGAAAGACUCAAAAUAAGUUCUGUGUCUUUCCCAGCAAUUGGAACAGGGGCUGGGAAACUAAAUCCCACUGUCAUUGCAAAUGCACUUCUGGAUGCAAUAAGUGAAUAUGUGACAGACAAUGUUCCACCUGCACUCUCCAUGAUAAGAAUAGUAUUGUUCACUCCAGUAACAGCAAAUCUGUUUCGCAAGUGUAUAGAACAACGUUUCAAGAUUUGGCAGCAUGAUGAGCCAAAAACUCCACCAUUGAAUUUCGGUCAUCAAACUGAACAAGUCAAACCAGACAAAUGGGUUUAUCCUAUCAUUCUGAGUGCAAAAAAGCAUUUGACCAGCACAGUUGAGAUAUAUGGCACAUCAAACAAAAAUAUUGAUGAGGUUCGAAAGGAUAUUGAAAAUCUAAUUAAGGAACAUUGUAAAUGCAAAAUAGUAGACAAUAAUGGCACGUCCAGUUUUUCUCUCAAUCAAAUGCAAGAAGUUACAGAUUUCUGUGAAAAGUUACAACUGAGAGUUGAAAUCCAGCAAAACAACAUAAUAAUAAAUGGAUACAUUGAUGAAGUUCUGGAAUUCAUUAUGAAAUUGAAUUCUAUGGUUCAAUCUGCCAAAGAACAAAUGACCAGGAAGCAGGAAGAGGCUCAGAUAAAGGCAUUUGUGCAGUGGGAGUUUAUGGAUAAUGGAAAAUUUCAACCUUAUGAUCAGUCUUUAAACUGUGACCUAGAGAAAGCUUACCAGGAGAAAAAUGAAACCUUGAAGUACAAGAAAAAUGGGGAAGCAUACACUAUUAACUUCAAGAAAAAGCAAGUGGAAGAUUCAAAAGGAAAUGCGGUUGUCAUUAGCAGGAGGCUUCUCGAAGGUAUAUUUGAACUCCCAGCAACUUGGAGUGACAUGAACAAUCAAGAAUUUGCAAUGGUGGAUCUUCCAAAUGGCACAGUGGAAUACAAUGAGGUGGCAGCAAGAUUCAAGAAAUUUUGUCAAAAACAGUUGGUGAAAAUAAUCAAGAUUGAAAGGAUCCAGAAUCGCAAGCUUUGGCAAAGUUAUUCUGUCAGAAAGCAGACAGUAGAAAGAAAGAUUGCUGGGGCAAAUGUUGAGCAGAUUCUUUAUCAUGGGACUACCAAGGAGAUUACCCAAAAAGUGAACAAGACUGGUUUCAACAGGAGCUUUUGUGGAAGAAAUGCCACUGCAUAUGGAAAAGGAACUUACUUCGCCUUGAAUGCUUCUUAUUCGUGUGACAAUAGGUACUCAAGCCCUGACAAUGAUGAAUGUAAAUUCAUAUAUCAGGCACGUGUGAUCACAGGGAAUAAAUGUACUGGAUGUCAAAAUAUGCUGGAGCCAACACCAGUAAAUGCACAUGGAGAUCCAACUGACCUAUGCGACUGUGCGGUGAAUGAUUUAAAUAACCCUUCUAUCUUUGUUGUUUUUUGUGAUGAUGGGGCAUAUCCAGAAUAUUUGAUAACCUUUAAAACAGUGGCAGAAUGAGACAGAAACAGCCUACCUCACUGUCACUUUAUUAGAGCUGUUGUAAUUUUUUUGCUUGUAACUUUGUUUUUUUGCUUGUAGGUUUCUUCAGCAUUCUACAAAUUGCAAUCUCGCCAUUAAUGAUUUGUUCUGUAUAGCCUCAUGAAGUACAAUGUACUAUUUCCAAACUAAGCUGUCUUUAACAUCAACACAGAAGACGAAAAAAGCUUGUUUCCUUUCAUAAUCACAUGCUAUUAUCUUUAAAAUGUUAAUUAUAAAAUUAAGCAAUGAAAAUUUAUUACCAAUUAAAUUAAAGCCCCAAUCCUAACUCAGGGAUAGAAACAAAGCAAUUGGGGAUUUACCUGAACCUUUGAGGUAUGAAAUUUUGACUUCUAGCAUUCUGUAAUACUGAUUUCCUACCCAAGGCUAUCAUUUGCAAGUAAUCAUGUUAUUCUAAAAUGCAAUGAAUGUAAUAAAAUUAUGAGUGACCUAGAAAGAUCCUUCCUACUCAUCCUACGUCCCAUAGCAGAGGAGUCAAAUAACGUGGAGUAUAAAUUUAAAGAAAUAGAUAAGUUGAUUAGGGGCAGUUGAGAUUUUUACUGAGAGUCAUAGAGAUUGAAACUUACUUUCUGAAAGGGCGUUUGAGGCAGAAACUCUCAACAUAUUUAGCAAUACUGUACUUGAAGAUCUGUGACUUGCUGGGCUAUGAUCCUAGUGCUGGAAUGCAAGAUUAAGCUGGGUAGCUGUUUUUCAACCAACACAGACUGAUUCCUGUGUUGGAAAUUUGCUAUGGUGCUGUGAAAUAUGAAGAAUACACCACUAUGAACAUUUUUAAGUCAUUUUGAAAGCAUAAAUAAAACAAAUCUGUAUAUUGUACUGGUACUUCUGGUAACAUUUACACAAAAAAAUUAGCAAAGAUUACUGCAGAUCCCCUGCAUACUGAGACAGUAGAAAUGACACUGGAGACUAAGGAAUGGCAGGAAAAUUACACAAAUAUUUUGUGUUUGCCAUCAUGGAAGAAGACACAAAAAACUCCUGGAAAUAGUGGAGAAAAACAGGUCUGGAGAGAUUGAGGAGCUGAAGGAAGUUAGCACAAGUAAAAAAUGUAAUAAAGAAAUUAAUGGGACUGAAAAAAUUAGAAGCUGAUCACCUGCACCCCAAGGUUUUGAAGGAGAUGGUUUUGGAGAUGACAGGUACACUGAUGUUCUCUUUAACUUUUGUCAUCCUUUGGGGAUGGACUGAUUUAAUAUUUGUAUCUUCCCUUAAUACAGCAGCCUAACCAUGCUGUAGGGAAUUGAACUUGAUAUUAACUUUUCACCAUCAAUCUGCUGACCACCAGCAAGUCAGUUUGGCGGACAUUAUCAAAGCCAAAUUGUUUCAUGCCUAUUAUUUACAAUGUGCAAGAACAGAAUUUCGUUCCUUGCAAAUGACAGCACAGAUUCUGGCACAAAGAUUUGUACUUUAUCACCCUCUGGUGUUGCGUUUCAUAAUAAGGUUAUUGAAAAGAGUGAGAAACGUAGAAGUAUUCAAUAUCUGAAUAUCUAUAACAUUGUUUUCAAUUUUUUUGUGCAAUGAGGCUUUAGCUUUGCAAUUACCAAUGAGAUCAUUAAUUUUCAAGCAAUCUGGAAAAUCAUGUUCCAUGGAUAUUUUUGUAGUUCUGAGGAUCAAUAUAUAUUUGGUAUAUUAAACUUGGCUGAAUUACUGCAGUUCUGCCUCUAUCAGAAGAAAUUAGAAUCAAGCUCACAUAAGAAUUAAUUAUAUAAUGCAGUUUAGGGGGCCUUUGGCUUACUUUCAAAUAUAGCCCUAGCUGCCAGUUAAGCAUGAAUUUGGAAGGGUACUUAGUUUAUCCUCAAGACAUCACAAUAUGGUUUAAAGCCAAUGCCCUAUUUUGGAAAUGUAAUUGUAAUUGUUUGGAAGGCAAACAGUGAAGCUAAUAUAUCCACAGUGAAAUUCUACAACGUGGCAUGGGAUAAAUGAUGUUAAACUGUUUUUGGAGUUGUUGAUUUUGGAUAGUUUACAUCCACUUAAAAGUCAUAGAUUUGUAUGGUACAAAAGUGUGCCCUUUGGUCUAACAUCUCUAUGCUGACUUUUUCACCCAUCUACACUAAUUCCACCUGCCUUCAAUAAGUGUGUAUCAUUCCAUGCCUCGUCUAUUCAAGUGCCUGUCUGAAUGCCUCUUAAAUACAGCGACUAUGCAGUGUACCCUUGUGUUAGGGCAGUUUGGGUAACGUAUUUUUGCCUUAAUGGAAUUCACAACUCACUACCAAAAUAUUUGAGAUAAACAAUAAAAAAUUGCUCUUACAGAAUUUAUGUGAAAAAGAUAACUAACUGAACUCAAUGUAAAAGUUUGUAAAUUUUUGUCAAGGCUUCGUGUUACAGAAAAUCGUGAUAAGGACAUUUUUCCAGGAAUACAAAUCCAUGAUAUGGGGGUGUACUGUAUCUGACUCCACCGCCUCCUCUGGCAAUGAUUUCCAGAUAUCAACCACUCUCUGUGUAAUAUUUUUUCCCUCAAAUCUCCUUUAAAGUUCCUUCCUCUCACCUUAAGGCUAUGCCCUUUUGUUUUUGAUACCCUUAGCAUGGGAAAAAGAUUCUGACCAUCUACACUAGCUAUGCCUCUUAAAAUUUUAUAUACCUCUAUCAAGUCAGCCCUCAACCUUGUUCUCUCCAGGGAAAGCAAGCCCAGCCUAUCCAAUCUCUCCCCAUAUCUAAAGUUCUCUAAUCCAGGUGAAACAAACUAUCUGCUGGAGGAACUCAGCAGGUCAAGUGGCAUCUGUGGGAGAUGUGGGAAACACAUCAGUGUUUCGGGUUGAGACCCUGCAUCAGGACAGGUGAAUCGCCUCUGCAUUCUCUAGUCCAACCACAUCCUCCCUACUGUGUGGCAACUAGAAGUGCACAUCAUACUCCAAGUGCGGUCUAACCAGUUGUUGUAAGGUUGCAACAUAUUGUAACUUUUAUAUUCCAUGCCUCAAUCUAUGAAGGCAACCAUGCCAUAUGUCACCUUCACCAACCUAUCUACUUGUGAAUUUGAACUCCAACGUCCCUCUGUUCAUCAACAUCCCUCAGCUCAUCAACAUCCCUCAGCACCCUACCAUUUUUCCUAUAUGUCUACCCCAUUUGGCUUCCCAAAAUACAUCUCCUCUCACUUGUCAGGAUUAAAUUCCAUCUGCAAAUGCUCCACUGAACUUUCUAUCUGAUCUCUAUCAUGCUGAAGCUUUAGACAAGCUUCCCUGCUAUCCACAACACCACCAAUUAUGUGUCAUCCACAAACCUACUAAUCAUACCUCCUACAAUCACACAUCCAAGUUGUUAAUGUACAUCACCAACAAGGAUCUCAGCACCUAUCCCUGUGAUACUUCACUGGUCACAAACUUCUAAUGAGAAAAGCACCCCGGCAUCACCAGCCUCUGCCUCCUAAUGCCAAGCCAAUUUUGGAUCCAAUUCACCAGCUU